AUGAGUGCCAGCGAUGUCUCCAACAUUCUCGAGCAAUACUUCAAUCAAGUCAACGAGAUUGCCGACAUUUGGGCGACGUCAUGCGCCGAAUGCAGCUAUGAAAAUUUUGACGAAUUCAUCGAAUCCAACGAUUUGGAAGCGUUUCAUGACACUGAAUUCACGCAGGUUUUAAUAGAAAUGGAGAAAUUUGUGACGACAAUGCUGUUGGAUAACAUAAAAGCGGACGCGAUGGAAAUAUUCACGGAAGCGCGCGUAAAUCCGGCAAAAUUCAAUCUUCUCGUUUGGUAUUUAAUAGAAAUGGCGAGAAAAUCGUCAAGCACCGGAAAUACUGUACGAAAUGGCGUCAAUAUUGCUUGUGUGUACCUCGGACUUUGUACUUUCAACGGCGUACAUGCCGCUAAACUGUUCCAAGAACCAUUAUUUGAGAAAUGCUUGAAAAUUAUGCUAAACUGCGCGAGAACUAUUCAAAUCGGCGAUGUCGGAGGCGGCGUUUCGAAAAAAGCCAACAAAAAGAAGCAAAAGAAUCGGACGACCGAUGAGGGAAUGGAAGAAGAAGAAGGCGAGGUCGUGAUGGGACCACCGAGAAUUGGGGUUGAUCGCGCCGAGGAUUACCUUCAAACGCUGACGACAAUGCUCUACGCGUUUUUCGCAAAUGUCGGCUAUUCGAUUCCAAAUGAAUAUAUCAUGAUGAGCUUGGAAACGAUUGAGGAAAUCGGAAGGCUCGAACUUGACGGCAGGACAUCGUCGAAAGCGGAUGGCGCGAUGUCGAUGCGCGAAUUUCGGGCCAUGUCGAAAUUUGUCGAUCGCUACGCGGCGCUUCUCCACAUUGUCGCCGACUCGAAGUUCGCCUCGUGGUCGGCGGCCGUCUACGGUCGAAUUGUGCGUCCGCGACUCGCGCUGUUGCCGUUCGCAUCGGACGCGAACAAAACGUCGAAAAUCUCGACGGAACGCAAACGGGCCGCCGAAAUUGCGGCGAGUUUUGUGAUCGCGCGGCUAGCACGCAAUCCGCCGACGCACGAGAUGAAGCUGAUUCGAAAAAUUGUCGAAAUGAUUUACUAUCAAUGUCCCGAUCUUCAGGAAUAUCGAGCAUUGAUUGCGGGCAACAUUGUUCGCAUCCUCAAAGCUUUUCCCUAUGAGUACGCUUAUGAUUUUGUCCAAUCGAUGAGAAUUUAUUCAAAGAGUCGAACCGCUGGAGUAAAGCAGCUCUCGAUUGAGCUCGCUAGUCAGUUGCUCGACAAUUUUGAUUUCUCAAUGGCUGACCCUGGCGCUGUCGCGAACACACUUGAGUCGGAUGACGAGGAAUCGGAUGAUGUCGACGACGAGGAUGAGGCGGAAUCUGAGCGCGAUGACGACGACGACGAGGAGGAGACACGACGAAAUCGGAGUCGGCGUGGGGAAACUCGAAAGAGAAUGAAAAAAGUGCCGAAAAAGACCAACGAUUUGCCGAGAAUUGAAGCCACCAAAAUAUUGUACAGAAUUAUUUAUAUGUCAUGUCUUGAUAAGACGGCCGCUUCAAGACACCAUGGCGCACAAUUUUUCGCGAAAAUUCUCGAGGAUGCCGACCGACGGGCGGCUUUUGCCGACGCUUGCAAAACGAUGAAUGAUGAACAUGAUGAGAAAUAUGGCGAGAUUGAUGAUAUGAAUGAGACGAUCGACGGCGAUGAGACGCGCGCGAAUCCGAAAAAAGGCAAAACCGAUUUGAUGCUCGAAGAGCAGGCGAUCAUACAGAAGUUCAAGAAGCUCAACAUGAUGAAUCGAGGUGCGACGCGAAUCGAGACGGACGUCGUGUUCAUGUUGCUGAAACGAUUGGCGACUGAUGAGAAGGCGCCGGUGCGCAAGUCGACGUGCGCGGCGAUUUUCUCGUUUCUGCUGAAUUGCGGCGAUCGCGAGAAGUUUGAGGCGAUCAUUAGCCUAUUGGAGCUAAUGUGUCGAGAUCGACUCACGAGUGUUCGAAAAGUGGCGGCCGAUGCGAUGAAUGAGCUGAUGAUGGCGAAUUCGAUUACGUUCAAAGAGGUGCUGAGCUCGAAAUGGCUCGGCGCACUUCUUCGAAUGCUCAAUGACGGCGAAUCGGAAAUGCAGGAUCACGCGAGGAAGCUCAUCAUGAAAGUGUUGAGUCCGCUUCUCGAGUGUCCCAACGAGUUGACGUGGACGCUACUCAAAGAGAUUGAGACGGUGACGACGCGACGGCACUAUUUGAUGGCGACAUUGAAGGAGACGGCGUCGAGCGGUUUGGUGAAGGCGAACGUGAUGGAAACGAUGAAGAAGCAUAUCGAGGAGGGCGCUGUUGAUCGCGCCAGCGCUUGGAUGGUCCUUAGUCAAUUGAGUGUCGUUUUCAAGAAGAAUGUUGAAUAUGCUGUUGAAGCAUUAUACUCGACGGAUUUGAGUUCGGAAUCGAAAACAGUGAAAUACAUAAUUCAUGUGAUUGCGAAUCAAUUUGAGAAGAUUCCGAGCGAGACGCGCGCGGACUUGUUGAGAUUCCUUCAGGAGUCGCUUCGAAUGUUCACGAUUCAUUCGUCGCACGCGCGCGACAUUUAUCAUUGUGUUGGUAGAAUGAUGGACGGAAUAGGCGACGAGGCGACGAACGCGGCGGGAUUUGUGCGUUUCGGCAAAGAGCUCGUCGACGCUUGCUUCGACACGAUCGUCGAGUCGUUCGAGAUGUUCAAAAACAAAAACGAGUGGUCGAUGAAGGCGGAAAGCCAAGAGCGAUAUUUGAUUGUCGCGCUGAACGUGACCACCGAGGUGUUUCUGUUCGCGCCGUCGCUUGUGCCGAUGUAUGAGCGACUCGGCAAAACGCUUCUCAUGAUUGUCAACGCGUUCGACAAGAGUCGCAAUCAAUCGGCCAUCAAUCCCGACAUUCCGUCGCUGUCGCAACACACGCGGCCCGUCACGCAGAUGUCCGAAGUGGCGCCGUCCUCCCAACAACAGCAGCAUCGUGUCGUCAACGCGAUGCUCGAACAGUGCGACGCUGUCGGCGGUGUGCUGUUCGGCGACAAGACGCGAGCGAUUUGCGCGGUCGCGCUCGGAACAAUGAUACUGCUCGACGAGAAGAUGCUGAAAUUGAUGCCGAUGUUCGCGAAACAAUUGCAAAUCAAUCCAGCGCACGAGGUUCGAUCGAAUAUCGUGCUCGCGAUUGGCGACAUUUGUGAGACCUAUAAGACGGAUCGAUACGCGCCGGUGCUCGCCGCGGCGCUUUGCGAUCCGUCGGUGGUUGUGCGGAAGCACGCGAUUCUCGAGAUUGCGCGCCUCGUCUCGAGCAGCAUUUUUCGAUUCGGCGGCGAGGUGAUGAUUCGGAUAAUGCUAGCGAUUCUUGAUGCCAAUGAGGAUGUGAGGAAUGACGCGCGAUUGUAUAUUAGAGAAGUCCUUCAAAACGAUAUUCCAGGAUUCUUCUCAAAGUUUUUUGUGCAUUACAUGAUUUAUUUGACGCAGGCGAAACGAAUUGUCAGAUCUGUGAAUGAAGAGGAAAAUGGGCAUGUGGAUGUGACAAUGGGCGGCGGUGAAUCGUUGGCGAGAUCGUCGAGAAUUGCGAUUUAUAAUUUUAUGAUUGAAUCUCUUGAUGAUCGUCAACGAUUUGAAGUGAAAAAGGAUAUUUGUCUCAAAAUUAUUAACCCGAUUAUAAACGGCGAAUUCGAUUUUGGCGAUGACAAUGUGUAUUCGCUGCUUGAAGAUGCCCUAUUGAUAAUGUCGUCGAGCGAGAUGCAGGUCAAAAUGGAAGUUGGAAAGAGCGACAACGAGAAUGGGCUCGAUGAGCCGCCGGAAGCGGUUAUGGAUGCUGCGACGAAAUACAUGCGAGAGGUCUACCUUCAGAACUAUAUGAACACGAUCAUCCCGUCGGUUUUGAGCCUUCGCGAGUUUCUCAUCGUCCACAAAUCGCUUCUGAUGCGCAAAUGCCAAUUGGCGAUUCGAAUGAUUUGCAUUGAGCACAAGAACGAUCUCGAUGUGAUAUUGAGGGACAAUCGGCAACUCAAAGACGAGAUGGCGUUCGAAUUGCAGCGCGUGAAGCAGCGGGCGGAAGAAGCGAAUCGGAUACUCGACGAGCACAUCAAGAAGGUCGUCGAGUUCAACAAGAAGCAGCGGCGGCAAUCGAAGCAGACGGAGCCGAUGGAUGUCGGCGAGGAGGGAGCGGCGACGGCGGGAUCGCCGAUGCGCGCGGAUGCCGUCGUCGAAAUGGCGACGCCGCAACGCGUCGCGGUUUUGGCGACGCCGAGCACCGCGCGCGUUUUGGGAACACCGCGAUCCGAGCGGCCGCUUUCGCCGAAGACGGUCAAAAAAAUUCGACGAUCUAUUGGAUUGCUCAUGCAUCAGAACGAAUUGGCGCUCAAACCAUUGCAAUUGGAUGAGACUCAUGCCACCCUUGAGGGACCGGUGUCGUCAACUCCAGCUCCACAAGUUGCCGCUCGAGAGAUUGAGGAGUCUGCUGAGACGGCUGCUGCUGCUGCUGCUGCUGAUGAUGCUACUGAUGAAGCUCCCGCACAAGUGGUUGACGGCGACGACGACGUUGCGCCAACUUCUGAAGCGCCCAACAACACGUCGAGGCGACGAAAAACGCCGACGCCGGAAGAGCACGAUGAAUCGCGCGACGCGAAUGGCAAAGUGUGGAAGAGGCCGAAAUUUUCGAAAUUCGUGAGAUUGGAUGAGGAUGAAGAAGAUCGCCGAAAGAAUUUCAUAUCCGAUUGGCGAUUCGUUGGUGAUUUACAAUGCUCAACAGCACUGAUUGUUGAGAUGCCAAUGCGAAUAUUGGAGCACAUCGAUGGUGCGUCUCCCGACGAUGCUUCGAAUGUGACACUUCGACGAAGUGUGCGUUCGCGAAGCCGCGCCGCUUCGGCCGAGACGGCGAACGAGGCGAAGAAGGCGAAGACCGACGAGCAGCGCGGACAGACGCCGAUCGUGUGGGACGAGACGCUCAUUCAGGGUCGGCAUUGUUCGACGCCGAUUCGCGACGAGAAUCGACACGACGUCACGUUCGAUUUGAAUUUGUCGGCGAUCGACAAAGUCGAACGAGAGGAGGCGAAACGCGCGCGACGCAAAACGCUUCGAACAACGAUGGCUGAAAUUGCGGAGGACGAUGAAUGA